AUGUUUGAGGGCGCCUACACUACACUCGGAACCCAUUCUCGGUUGCUGCCCCAGGUAGUCCGUGCUCAAUUAAAUCAAUACCUUCCGGACGUCCUUCCAGAAAUUCAAUUUAAGGUAGCUCUGCAGAUACAUAGAGAAAUCCCCUUCAACGCGAUUACUGAGUGUUUCGCGAAAUCAGACUGGACAGUGAUCAACGUCACUGAGUUGAUGGCCGUGCUUGUUGCCCGCGUAUCAAGUCGCAUGUUUGGUGGCCCAGCGUUGAGUCAAAACCGCGAAUGGAUUGAGGCUUCGCUUCGUUUCGCACAUGAUGGAUUCAACGCAGCCCAAAAACUGAAGAUGUGGCCAGACACCUUGAAAUUCAUCGGACAGCAUUUCAUACCCGAGGUGCGCUCUAUCAAGAAUACAUAUAAAAUUGCCGAAAGAGCAAUCAUUCCCCUUCUCGACGAGCGUGAAGUCGACAAGAGCAAGAAAGCACAUGACCUUCUUACCUGGAUGUAUGAUCAGGCACAAGGGGCAGAGAAAGAUAAAAAGUUCAUUGCUGGAACGUUACUCAAGGUCAGCUUCGCGGCAUAUCAUACGAGCGCAGCAGCUCCAACCCAACUUCUUUUUGAUAUUGCAGCGAUGCCAGAGCACAUCGCGCCGCUUCUUGGGGAAUAUCUAUCGGCGCCCCGUGAUAACAACCAGAACAUUUCGGUCAAAGGCUUCGCGCAGAUGGUUAAAUUGGACAGCAUAAUGAAGGAGAGUCAGAGAUUCAAUCCGCUACUAUUGUUGACAUUUGAACGCAUCAUUAAGCGCGACUUUACUCUUUCAGAUGGAGUGGUCAUCCCCGCGAACACCUGGAUUGGCUGUGCGGCACAAGCCAUUGGGAUGGACCGAAAGCUUUAUCCCGACCCCGAUACGUUUGAUGCGUUCAGGUUUGUCGCCAAAGAGGAAGCGACAGCCACUUCCACUUCGGUACCAGCUACCAAAGCUCACUACACCUCGGCCAACCCAGGCUCAAUGGCAUUUGGGUACGGCCAGCAUGCUUGCCCUGGUAGAUUCUUUGCCAUGAUGGAAAUCAAGGCUAUCAUCGGAGAAAUUUUGAGCCGUUUUGAGAUGAGAUUGGCGGAUGGGGAAAUGAGGCCACCUAGUGUCACUUUCGAAACUCAACAUCUGCCCCAUCCUGCUGGUAAAGUCCUAUUUAAACGGAGAAGGUGCACAUAG